UGGAUGUCGGCAAUGCCAUAUACCAUUCAUCACAUCCAUCUUGUGAAAAUCCCCGCUUUAUCUUAUCUUUUUGAGCUCGUUUUCUUCCAUUCAAGCGUGAAGGGAACAUGGUAGUUCCUCUUCACUCAGCCUUGAAUCCACAGUGGUCUCUGCAUUUUUAAUUUUUAUAUCUUCAAGAGCGCCCUUAGCACUCUUAUUGAGGUAAUAUAUUCAUUGUUAUGUUUUCACUCAUUCAGAAGAAACUUAGCAGCUGAAAGUUUCCAGCAGGACGUCAAACCCUCGAAAUUCGUGGACAACGUUUAAAACCUUUUGAAAACCAUUCGAAACUCUUGCAAAAACUUCAAAGACCUUUAAACCCUUUCUAAAACCCUCUAAGCCCCUUAAAAAACCAUGGCUUCCGUAUUUAGUGUCUCGUCACACCUGCAAGCUUUGUCACUAGACGUGUCUAGAAGACUUCAUACACCAUUAGCAAUUUCUUCGUCUUCUUCUAUUAAUUUAGGAGACAGAGCGCAAUUGCUCGGCUUUCCAGUCUUGAAAAUCCAUUCAAGAAGAACAAUUGACUCUUCGCUUCAUGGUCAUGUCUUUAGAAUACUUUGUUCACAAUCUUCGUCAACUCGUAGACCCUCUGCAGUUGCUUCCCCUACUUCUGUUAUUAGUGAGGAGGCCCUGGGCAGGUUGGGGUUAUCAACAGGAGGAGGUUUGAAUCUUGACGAUGGUCACGAAGAAGAGGAUAUAAGCGAGUUUGAGAGUGAUGACGAGGACCAGAAUCUAGCAAUUUCGCGACUAGGCUUGCCUGAGAGCCUUGUGAAAGCCCUCAACGAGCGAGGGAUUACACACCUUUUUCCUAUUCAGAGAGCUGUGUUGGUUCCUGCAUUGGAUGGGCGUGAUAUCAUAGGCCGAGCAAAGACUGGAACUGGGAAGACAUUGGCAUUUGGAAUUCCAAUAAUAAAACGCCUAGCUGAGGACAAUGAAGAAAAUAAACAGUUUAGGAGAAGAGGGAAACUUCCUCGAGCUUUGGUUCUAGCACCCACAAGAGAAUUGGCAAACCAGGUUGAGAAAGAAUUCAAGGAGUCGGCACCUUUCCUCUCAACUAUUUGCAUAUAUGGUGGUGUUUCAUAUAAUGCUCAACAAAAUGCGCUUUUCCGUGGUGUUGACAUUGUGGUGGGAACACCUGGAAGGAUAAUAGAUCUGGUCAAUAAUGGAACACUGAAGCUUGAUGAAAUUCAGUUUUUAGUUUUGGACGAAGCUGAUCAGAUGCUUGCUGUUGGAUUUGAAGAGGAUGUAGAAGUCAUAUUGGAUAAAAUUCCAGAUGAACGACAAAGUAUGCUCUUCUCUGCAACAAUGCCAGCAUGGGUGCAGAAACUGGCAAGGAAACACCUUGAUAAGCCAAUGACAAUCGACUUGGUGGGUGAUAGUGAUGAAAAGUUGGCAGAAGGAAUCAAACUUUAUGCAGUAGCAACAACUGCCACCUCUAAGCGGUCCAUUCUAGGGGACCUCAUCAUGGUUUAUGCAAAAGGUGGUAAGACUAUAGUGUUCACACAAACAAAGCGAGAUGCUGAUGAUGUUUCAGUAGCUUUGGGUGGUAGAAUUCCUUGCGAGGCCUUACAUGGUGAUAUUUCUCAAUAUCAACGAGAAAAGACAUUGAAUGGGUUUCGUGAAGGGAAAUUUACGGUAUUGGUUGCUACAGAUGUUGCAGCUCGUGGACUUGACAUUCCUAAUGUAGAUCUAAUUAUACACUAUGAACUCCCAAAUGGCCCAGAAACUUUUGUGCAUCGCUCUGGUCGUACAGGGCGUGCUGGAAAAGAAGGCAAUGCAAUUUUGAUGUACACAAGCAACCAAAAAAGAACUCUGCGAUCUCUUGAACAUGAUGUUGGCUGCAAAUUUGAGCUUAUUGGAGCCCCCUUGGUACAAGAUGUUUUAGAAUCAUCAGCACAUCAGGUUGUCUAUGAUAUUGGGAGAGUACAUCCACAAUUGAUAGAAAUUUUCAUUCCAACUGCAAACAAAUUAAUGGAAGAAAAAGGAAUAAACGCUCUUGCAGCUGCAUUGGCCCGCUUAAGUGGCUUUAGUCAACCUCCAGCUUCUCGCUCUCUCAUCAGUCAUGAAGAGGGAUGGACAACCUUGCAAAUGACUAAAGAAUCUUCAAUGUUGAAUGGAGGACGAAUGAUGUCUGCAAGAACCGUUAUGGGUAUCUUAUCUGAAAUAUGGCCUCCAUCUGCCGGUCAAGUCGGGAAGAUUAAAUUGAUCAGUGAUAGAGAUGUUGAAGGAGCAGUCUUUGAUUUGCCAGAUGAUGUUGCAAAAGAGCUUCUUUUGAAGAAGACACAACCAGGUUAUACGAUAUCAGCAAUCACCAAGUUGCCUUCGCUGAUAGAUGAUGAACCUCCAAGUGACCGAUAUGGCAGAUACUCAGGCAGGGGUUCAAGCAGUCGAGGUUAUAGAGGUGGGAGAGAGAGAGAUGGGAGAGUCAGAAAUGAUAGCAGGAAUUCUAAUAGCUGGGGAAAGAGAAGUUAUGAAACUGAAGAUUGGUCUGGAGAUCGGAGAUCUCAACCUAAGAGAAGUUAUGAAGCUGAUGAUUGGUCUGGAGAUAGGAGAUCUCAACGACGCUCUGCUGAUGACAGUGUAUGGCCCAGAAUAGGUCGAAACCCAAGCAGAGGAUUCCCAAUGGGAGAUGGUAACAGGAGUUUUCGUGGGACCUGCUAUGUUUGUGGUCAGGCUGGUCACAGAGCAGCGGAUUGCCCAUCCCAGUAGAUGCAUCUAGUGGCUCUAUCGUGUCGUCUUCGACUUGUAAACUUUUCACCGGUUCUCUAGAUGCUUAUGCCUCAAGCAUUGCUAUAUCAUAUUUUCAAUGGAGCUGUCGAUGAUUUAACUGUAAAGUGUACAGGUUUUGACAAAACCUGGAUUUUGCUCUACUGAAAGCAAUAUGGGUGAUAGUCUACCAUCAAUGUAUGAUUUGAAGUGAGUAAUGAUAGGCCAUUAUGUUAGAAGAGGCCUUAAAUUAUAGUGCAAAUUGAGAAUAUUGAUCAAGAACUAGCUAGAAAAAAGAAUGUGGAAUGAACAACAGCUAAUUUCAAUGUAAGGCUGAAUUCACAGUCAACAAUAUUUUGUCA